AUGACCCUCCUACUGCUGUCCCUCUUGAUGGCCUCUCUGCUCCAGCUCAGCUCUGGCAACAAAGCCAACAAGCACAAGCCAUGGAUCGAGGCCGAGUACCAGGGCAUUGUCAUGGAGAACGACAACACGGUCCUGUUGAAUCCACCACUCUUUGCCUUGGACAAAGAUGCCCCGCUGCGCUAUGCAGGUGAGAUCUGUGGCUUCCGGCUGCAUGGAUCUGGGGUACCCUUUGAGGCUGUGAUCCUGGACAAGGCAACAGGUGAAGGGCUGAUCCGGGCCAAGGAGCCCGUGGACUGUGAGGCCCAGAAGGAACACACCUUUACCAUCCAGGCUUAUGACUGUGGCGAGGGGCCCGAUGGCACCAACACCAAGAAGUCUCACAAGGCGACUGUGCAUGUUCGGGUCAAUGAUGUGAAUGAGUUUGCCCCAGUGUUUGUGGAGCGCCUGUACCGUGCUGCGGUGACGGAGGGGAAGCUGUAUGAUCGCAUCUUACGCGUGGAAGCCAUUGAUGGGGACUGUUCCCCUCAGUACAGCCAGAUCUGCUACUAUGAGAUCCUUACACCCAACACCCCUUUCCUCAUCGACAAUGACGGCAACAUCGAGAACACAGAGAAGCUGCAGUACAGUGGUGAGAAGCUCUACAAGUUCACAGUGACAGCGUACGACUGUGGGAAGAAGCGGGCAGCAGACGAUGCAGAGGUGGAGAUCCAGGUGAAGCCCACCUGCAAGCCCAGCUGGCAAGGCUGGAACAAAAGGAUUGAGUAUGCCCCGGGAGCCGGAAGCUUGGCUUUGUUCCCGGGCAUCCGCCUGGAGACUUGUGAUGAACCAUUGUGGAACAUUCAGGCCACCAUAGAGCUGCAGACCAGCCAUGUGGCCAAGGGCUGCGACCGAGACAACUACUCGGAAAGGGCACUGAGGAAGCUCUGUGGUGCUGCCACUGGGGAGGUUGACCUGUUGCCCAUGCCCGGCCCCAACGCCAACUGGACGGCGGGGCUCUCCGUGCACUACAGCCAGGACAGCAGCCUCAUCUACUGGUUCAACGGCACCCAAGCUGUGCAGGUCCCCCUGGGUGGCCCAGCAGGGCUGGGCUCUGGGCCGCAGGAUGGCCUCAGUGACCACUUCACCCUGUCCUUCUGGAUGAAGCAUGGCGUGACUCCCAGCAAGGGGAAGAAGGAGGAGGAGACCAUUGUGUGUAACACAGUCCAGAAUGAGGAUGGCUUCUCUCACUACUCACUGACGGUCCACGGCUGCAGAAUCGCCUUCCUCUACUGGCCACUGCUUGAGAGUGCACGUCCCGUCAAGUUUCUCUGGAAGCUGGAGCAGGUAUGUGAUGACGAAUGGCACCACUAUGCCCUGAACCUCGAGUUCCCCACAGUCACACUCUACACCGAUGGCAUCUCCUUCGACCCUGCUCUCAUCCAUGACAACGGUCUCAUCCACCCACCCAGGAGAGAACCUGCACUCAUGAUUGGGGCCUGCUGGACUGAAGAGAAGAACAAAGAGAAGGAAAAAGGAGACAACAAUACAGACGCAACCCCAGGAGACCCCUUGCUGAUCCACCACUACUUCCACGGCUACCUGGCUGGUUUCAGCGUGCGCUCAGGUCGCCUGGAGAGCCGUGAGGUCAUCGAGUGCCUCUAUGCAUGUCGGGAGGGGCUGGACUAUAGGGAUUUCGAGAGCCUGGGCAAAGGCAUGAAGGUCCACGUGAACCCCUCGCAGUCCCUGCUCACCCUGGAGGGGGAUGAUGUGGAGACCUUCAACCAUGCCCUGCAGCAUGUGGCUUACAUGAACACUCUGCGCUUUGCCACACCCGGCGUCAGGCCCCUGCGCCUCACCACCGCUGUCAAGUGA